UUCAAGAUGAAAAAAAUCCCUGCUGUGUCUUUAAGAGCUCAGGCGCUCGUGUGGGAGUGAGUGGGGCCCAGAGAAGUGGCUCAGCCCAACUCAGAUCUGCUAGAUGCAACACUCCAGCCAGAACGGAGCGCAGGCAAGCUGCACGGGACGCAGCGCUCUUCUGGCAAACAGGGUGACGAGGUAGAGAGAGAGACUGUACCCUCCUCGUGAACCGUUGCUGUGUCUUCCCCUCCCUUGGCACUGAGAGCAUGUCUGAUUUUGCCUGUCUUUGAAGUUAUGGAGUUGGACAACAAACUCGAGCUGGACGGCCACCAUGAGUCUCUCACUGACAGGGUGGGCCGGCGGCGCAGUAUGCCUGGCAGUACAGUGGACAAAACGGUGGUCGCUAUGGAUGCAGACACGUCAACACCUUUUAAAGUCACGGGCUUCCUGAGCCGCAGACUGAAGGGUUCCAUCAAACGCACCAAAAGCCAGCCGAAGCUCGACCGCCACAGCAGCUUCAGGAACAUCUUACCGGGCUUCAAGAGCGCGGAGAAUGACAGUAGAUCCCAUCUGAUGCCGAGGCUGAAGGAAUCGCGGUCUCACGAGUCGUUGCUCAGCCCCAGCAGUGCAGUAGAAGCUCUAGAUCUCAGUAUGGAGGAGGAAGUGCUCAUCAAACCUGUGCACAGCAGCAUCCUGGGACAGGAUUUCUGCUUUGAGGUAACUACUUCAACAGGAAGCAAAUGCUUCUCAUGUCGGUCGGCAGCCGAGAGAGACAAAUGGAUGGAGAAUUUGAGACGUGCUGUGCAUCCUAACAAGGACAACACCCGUCGGGUGGAAAACAUGCUGAAAUGUUGGAUUAUCGAAGCCAAGGACUUGCCGGCAAAGAAAAAAUACUUCUGUGAACUUUGUCUGGAUGACACGUUAUACGCACGGACUACCUGCAAACUCAAAACGGACAAUGUUUUCUGGGGCGAACACUUUGAGUUCAACAACCUGCCCUCAGUUAAGAGCAUCACCGUGCAUCUUUACAAAGAAACGGACAAAAAGAAGAAGAAGGACAAAAAUAACUACGUGGGCCUGGUCAGUAUCCCUAUAGCGGCAGUCACCGGGCGGCAGUUUGUGGAAAAAUGGUAUUCCGUGAGCACGCCGAAUCCCAAUAAAGGAAAGACUCCAGGACCCAUGGUCCGAAUGAAAUCCCGAUAUCAGAGCAUGAGCAUCCUCCCCAUGGAGCUGUACAAGGAGUUUGCAGAGUAUAUUACUAACAAUUACAUGCUGAUGUGCUCAUUGCUGGAGCCAUCACUAAGUGUGAAGAACAAGGAGGAGAUGGCUUGUGCACUUGUCCAUAUCUUACAAAGCACAGGCAAGGCCAAGGACUUUCUGACAGAUCUGAUGAUGUCUGAGGUGGAUCGGUGCGGAGACAAUGAGCAUCUCAUAUUCCGGGAGAACACACUUGCUACUAAAGCUAUAGAGAAGUACCUGAAACUAGUGGGACAGAAGUACCUUCAGGAUGCUUUAGGUGAGUUCAUCAAAGCCCUGUAUGAGUCAGACGAGAACUGCGAGGUGGAUCCGUCUAAGUGUUCCUCCAGUGACCUGCAUGAGCACCAGAGCAACCUCAAGAUGUGCUGCGAGCUGGCUUUCUGCAAGAUCAUCAAUUCUUACUGCGUGUUUCCUCGGGAGCUCAAGGAAGUGUUUGCAUCCUGGAGGCAGGAGUGCAGUAACCGAGGACGACCGGACAUCAGCGAACGCCUGAUCAGCGCAUCUCUUUUCCUGCGCUUCCUGUGUCCUGCCAUUAUGUCGCCCUCACUCUUCAGCCUCAUGCAGGAAUAUCCAGACGACCGCACCGCCAGGACACUUACACUUAUCGCCAAAGUGACACAAAACCUUGCCAACUUCACCAAGUUUGGCAGUAAGGAGGAGUACAUGUCCUUCAUGAACCAGUUUUUGGAGCAUGAAUGGACCAACAUGCAGCGCUUCCUGCUGGAGAUCUCCAACCCAGAGACCAUCUCAAACACAGCAGGCUUCGAGGGUUAUGUUGACCUGGGCCGUGAGCUCUCCACUCUCCAUUCUCUCCUGUCAGAAGCCGUCUCACAACUCGAUCAGAGUACUAUCACUAAACUGGGUCCUUUAGCACGGAUCCUGCGGGACGUGAAUUCAGCCCUGACGAACCCCACCGGAGCCCCCGUGUCAUCUCCCACCGAGCGUGUGGGCUCCCCCACUCUUCCCAGCAGCAGCCUGUCUACUGGUCUGCAGAAAAUGGUCAUGGACAGUGAGAUCACAGGGUUGGUGGAUUUCACUCGGCUGCCCUCACCAACCCCUGAAAACAAGGAUCUGUUUUUCGUAACAAAGAAUUCUGUGAUCCAGCCAUCGCCUGCCCGCAGCUCCAGUUACUCGGAGGCCAACGAGCCAGAUGUUCAGAUCCCCAACGGCAGCAAGAGCUUGUCAAUGGUGGACCUGCAGGACAGUCGUUCUCUCGAGAGCGCUCCCAACACCUCCUUCAGCGACCCCAUCAAUGACAGCCAGACCUCUGUGGGCCAGGGCACAGGAGUGUGGACCACCCGCACCGCUAAGGGCAACACGCCCAGCGGUCCGACCCUGAGGAGGGCAGGUCAGACCCCCACCACACCGAGCACAGACACUGCCCCGGGGAGGUCCCAGCUGCUCGCCCCGCUCUCGUUCCAGAACCCUGUGUACCAGAUGGCCGCCGGAUUGCCCCGUGCGGUGGCCGAUUCGGGAUCUGAAUGCCAGAGCUCCAUCAGCUCCCAGAGUAACGCAGAGGAAGCAGCUACCGCGGGGUCAAAGCACCUAUUCCUGAGCCAGUCCAGCACGGGGGCCAGCGGCGGAGGAGGCAGCAGCGGGGACGAGUUCAUUCGGUGUUCUGGAGAGUUCACCCGCAGACAGCUGUCCCUCACGGAGCCCCAACACCAAGCCAACGUACCACGCCAGAACAGUGCGGGGCCGCAGCGCCGGAUAGACCAGCCUCCUCCAGCCGUCACAAGGGGCCGCACUCCACCCAACAUGCUCAACACCACACCGUACCCCCGCCCCUCCAGUGGAAGUAUGAUGUCAUCAUCUCCUGAUUGGCCGAGCAGCAGCACCAGACUGAGGCAGCAGUCGUCGUCCUCCAAAGGGGACAGUCCAGAAUCCAAGCAGCGCACCCUACACAAACAAGCUCCAUCUCCCGUGAAUCCCAAUGCAUUGGACCGCACUGCUGCGUGGCUGCUGAAUAUGAAUGUGCAAUAUUUGGAGCAGGAGGGAAUUGACCCAGAUUCGAAACACCGGGAGGACUUUCCAAACAAGGAGGAUCUCACACCAACUGAAAGGAGAACAGGCUCAAAUCACUAUACUGCAGUAGUGGAGAGCACACGUCUGGCUCAGGCUUGUCUGCCGUCUCUUUCCCCUGCUCUUUAA